AUGAAGUUCGCCGCAUUCUCAACCCUCCUCUUCGCGACCCUCGCGCUCGCAUCUCCAGCCGCGCAACCACAACCCGAAGCCGCCGCGGCAGUAGCGCAACCACUCGAAAUCGCAGCACGUUACCCUGCGCCCGUCCUCGAAGCGCGCAAAAAGAAGCCAAGCGGCAGCAACGGCAACAACACAAACAGCACCGGCGCCGCAGACAUGCUCGCACCGAGUCGCGCACUCCAGCUUGGCGCGUUGGGCCUGGGUGUCAUGCAGAUUACCAAGUUGUGGUAG